CUGUGUCACAGCAACACAGGUCAGUUUAUAAGGAUAAUCUGCAACGAGACAAAAGAAGCCUGGAAUUUUCAAGACUGUAUUUUGGGACUUAUUUCAGGCCUAGUAACUGGUGAGGACUCAACUCAAGCCCUCCAAGAUUUGGCCUGCUACACAAAUACAAAAGUUACUUCUGCUAUCCAAAACAGGGACACGGUUCUAAAUAGGACCUUUUUUAAGUGACUUUGGCCCAGUAUAACCUUGAAAAAUCACAAUGCCUUGUUUACCACCCAUGCUAGUAUUGAUGCUAGUUUCAGUAUCUGUCUCUUACCAUUUGGAGCACGUAGGCCAUUUUGACUGGCAGAAGAGCAUUCGACCAGGGGAGGAUUGCCCUAAAAAGUGUUACCCUGAAAGAUGCCCAGAUGUCAGGCUGCUGCAGGGCUGUCCAGGUGGACUGGUGCGUGACCAUUGUAGGUGUUGUUGGGAAUGUGGGAAUGGUGAGGGUCAACUUUGUGACCCUGAGCUCCACACUGGGUCUACAUUCUAUGGCCGUUGUGCUGAAGGUCUUCGCUGCAUGGCUCCACACAGAUACAUAGCAGGUGAGCCCAGAGCGAUCUGCAUGUGCAGCAAGCACAAAGCUCUUUGUGGUUCAGAUGGGAAGACGUAUAAGAAUGUAUGCGAUUUGCGGGCAGCCCAACACAAGCAAGGCAAAGGUCAUAUACUGACAAUGGUACACCACGGACCCUGCAAGGCAAAGCCGGUUAUCAAUUAUGCUCCUCGUGACGUAAUCACACCCAAAGGAAGUGACGUCAUCUUUUCCUGUGAGGUUUCGUCAUAUCCAUUGGCCUCCAUUAUGUGGAGGAAAGAGGGGGAUACUGGUUCUUUUCCUGCUGAUGACUCAAGCACAGCUGUACAGGCCCGCGGAGGCCCGCGGCGGUUUGAAUUGACCAGCUGGCUCCAUAUUCAGGGAGUCGGUCUGAACGAUUCAGGUGUGUACAAAUGUACCGCCAGGAAUUCCUUCGGAGAAGUGUCUGCCUCUGCCAGAUUACAGGUUACGCACACAGGCUCUCAGUUGACCAAAGAUCUCCAACAGAAUGAAAAAGGAGCUUAUAAAAUAUUGGACGAAGAGGAGAACAUAGACGAUGAAGAUUAUGAGGGCCAGCCAAGUGGAUACAUGUAUUUGUAAGAUAUAGAGAUUAUAAAAAUAUUGAUGUUUUAUUAGGUUUGAAAUUGAAAAUCACAUUAAAUUUGUACCUUUAAAAUAAUUGUCGCCCUCUCCAAAGAUCUAUGUUUAUGUGUGUGCAUUGUAUAUAAAUCCAAAUAAUUCCAUUUACUCUUGAGAUUUGUACUUAAAAUAGAAUUUCAUUAAAUAGUUGCUUUACUAAUGCAUUCAUUUAUUGAGUCCUGUAAAAGUUAUCCUCCAAUUGUUCAUAACCCAUCUCAAAAUUCCACUAUGUGAAUGUGCAUUGCUAUGUAUUCAGGACUUGGGAAACAUUUUAUAUUAAUAUUUCCUUUGUUAAGGGUUUAUAAAUGUGCUUAUUAAUGACUAAUAAAUCAUUUUCAAAUGCAUAAUAAAUCAAUGAUUUGCAGUUAUAACAACAUGAAUAAAAGGGGUGACAGUAUGCAAUACCAAAUAGUGAGCCAUAUUAACUCACAUGUUAUAAAUGAUUAAUAACACCUUGUAACCUAUAAAAUAUAUUUUAACAUUAAAUAGACACAUUUGAAGAAUGCUAUUGAGUUGCCAUCAUUAUAAAGCUAUGUAGAUAAAGUUCAGUGUGGUUUAAUGAUCAUCAGGCUUUAUAACGUGAUAUAUUUUGUGAAUGAACAUGAAGACUUGAAAAGUGUUUUUGUGGAGGGCUUUUGGUAACUAGGUCUUGGUAAAUUGGGAUAUCACUCGGAGUAGCAUCAUUCUUUUGACAUCAACGUGACGUGACAACACAUGUGAGUCAAGACAUUACAGUAAUGAAUAUAAACACUAGGCAGACUGUAGCAAAGUGACAUAAUCCCUCAUUUUAAUCUCAUUAUAAAAGUCUAUUGUUGAUGCAUUGUGACAUAAAUCAUGAGUCUGGGCAUUUUAUGUUUUUGAUUAGUGUAAGUAUGCAUCAGUGUAGUUAUUAAGCAUUUAUAACAUGUAUUGCAUGAAAGUUGCCAUUAUAACCAGAUAUUAACCAUUCAUAAUGCAUUUGUAAAUGAACGAUGAGUCAUUAAUGAACCUCUUUUUAAACUGUUAACAAUGGGUACAUUAAUACAAAGUGUUACCUGGACUUCUGAAAAAGCCAAAAAACUGCCAUGGUAUGCAUUUACCCUGAACCUAUU